AUGAACGCUCCCGCUACGAUGAACGCUCCCACCGCAAUGAACCCGGCACCGGCACCCAUAUACGACGCCCCUGUAACGAGAUCGAACAAACGCAAGGAGAGCGGUCACGUUAACGUCGAGCAACCGAACCCCAAGAAGCGGGGACCAGGCCGACCCCCAAAGGCUGGGACCAAGGUUAACGACGAGCUACUCCAAAAGACGAAGCAGACGGCUCAACAAAUCCUCGACGCGAACACGCAACUCGCCACUUACGCAGAAGAGGCGUUUCGGGUUGGCCGGAACAUGCUGUCUGUCUAUAACAUGCUAGCUGACGAUAUGGAUGGUCUUAUUAGUGUAGUGGAGAAUGGAGAGCACGGCAAUGAUAUUAAGGAGCUUAUCCGCAAAAUCCGAAAGACUCGUUACGAUACCGCUGUUGAUAGUAUCACACCUCUUUUCACGAAGAGAGACGGACUCCCUUCUCUAUGCGAACCCUUGUUUGUUCAGCUUAGCAUUGAUAACAAGACUGCCGUUGAGGUACGCAAUUGGGCUUUAUACAAACUCGUACUUGAGCAGGAUGAUGAGGUUUCGGUGGAGCAGCGAGAUGCAGUCACGGAAGAUCGACAGGUUAUAAUACGUCGUCGGGACGCAGUCAAAGUUAUACCGCAUCGUUCCCCAUCGACCCCUGACGAGCCACACCGUUCCCCUUCGACCCCUGGAGAGAGCGACGACGACGACUAUGAUGACGAUGAGGAUAUCCCAGCCAAGAAGCGACCGUCCGGUCGACGAGCCCGACGCAGCGCCGCCGUCGAGGAUACGGAGCAAGAGGCCGUCAAGGAUACGGAGCAGGAGACCAUCGAGACAGUCAAGGAUACGAAAGUCGUCGUCCCAAAGCGUAAACGUUUUGAAGUACCACCAGGAUACAUCAAGACGGCAAAGGGCAAGUUUAAGGACGAAACCACGAAGAAAGUAUACGAUAUUCCCCCGGGCUUUGCAUUGACGCAAGAGGGCUUGUUCGUAGAGGAUUCGGGAGAGGAGGAGUAA